AUGGCUUAUGACCCUGGAAAACAGAACAUUGGUUAUAAUCCACCUAACCCAAUGCCAUAUCAUGGAGGUGAAGGGAGUAAUCAACAAUGGCAGCAGCCACCCCCACAAAAUUACUAUGGGGGACCACCGCAGCAACAGCAGCAAUUUCAAUUGCCCCAGGGACAAUUAAAAUAUGCCCCUAAUGAAUCCAGCCCAUCAGUCCAACCACCUAUGAAUCAACCAUACGGCGAGCCUCCACCGUACACCUUCGAGGAGAAGUUCGCUAUACAGAGGCCAAGGUACAAUGAUCUUUGGGCCGCAAUUCUUUUCAUUACCGACCUCUUAGGGUUGCUAGCUUUGAGUAUCAUUAGCUUCAGAAGCUACUCGGAAAAUAAAAGAGUACAGAAUGGCGGUGGAAUUGGGGUUCGUGGGAACGAACAAAGUGAUUUCGGGCUCUCCAACAACACUAUUGUUUUGUUUAUUCUUGUCUGCGGAGUUUCACUCCUAUUAUCAUAUGGUUAUUUUCUUGCAGCACGAGCCUGGACAAAACAGAUAAUUUACGCUACUGCAAUCUUGAACAUUAUUGUGGGUAUUGGAACUGCCGCAUACUACUUCUCGAGACAGAGAUAUGGAGCGGCAAUCGUAUUUAUUAUUUUCGCCUUGUUCUAUGCAUACUGUUUCUGGACAUGGAGAAAUCGAAUACCCUUUGCGGUCUUGAUGUUUGAAACAAGCUUCGACGUUGCUAAACAAUACGGCCACGUUUAUAUGGUUUCAUCUCUUGGUGGUCUUGCAGGUGUCAUAUUUGCGGCGUGGAUGCUUGUAACCUAUGUGGCUAUUUACGCUACGUAUACACCAAGCGAAUCAGAUAACCUGGCAUGUGGAGCCGGCAGGACAGGGAAUGUUACAUGCUCCAAUGGCAAGAUGAUUGGACUGGUGGUCUUUGCUACCUUUAGUGGCUAUUGGAUAUCAGAAGUGAUAAAAAAUAUCAUUCACGUGAGCAUUUCAGGAGUUUAUGGAUCAUGGUACUUCUGCUCUCGUUCUGCCCAAGGAAUGCCAGCACAUCCCACACUAGGGGCUUUUAAACGUGCAAUGACGUACUCAUUUGGUUCAAUAUCUUUCGGCUCCCUAGUUGUAGCGAUCAUUCAGCUUUUAAAGCAUCUCUGCAGACUUUCUCAGAACCAGCAAUCUCAAGAUGGAUGCUCAGUCGGUUGUGUAGCUUGCUGUAUCCUUGGCUGUUUACUAGAUUUUAUUGAGUCAGCUGUGAGAUGGUUUAAUCACUACGCUUACUCUUAUAUCGCGUUGUAUGGCAAGGCCUAUAUCGAUUCGGCCAAAGAAACCUACAGAAUGAUGAAAGAUCGAGGAUUAGAUGCCUUGGUCAAUGAUUGUUUGGUCGACCCGGUAUUAUCUACGGCAUCAGUCUUCGUCGCCAUGCUUUGCACUCUUAUUGCAUAUGUAUAUCUAUACGCUACUGCGCCUGUGUAUAACAGCACGGGAUCCUUUACACCGGCCAUAAUGGCUUUCGCCUUCCUUGUUGGUUUGCAGAUCUGCAAUAUCUUCUUGACACCGAUAAAGUCUGGUGUGGCGACAAUUUUCACAAGCAUGGCACAUAAUCCUGAAAUUCUCUUGAGAGACUUUCCGGAACUUUACCACAAGAUGUUGGCAGUGUAUCCCCACCUUGCGCAGGCAAUACAUGCUUAG